GGAUAUAACACCGGGUCCCGCCGGGCGGCCGCGGGCGGGUGGAGGUGCGCGCUUGGGCCCUGAACAUGGACUUCCCGUGCCUCUGGCUACAGCUGUUGCUGCCUUUGGUAGCUGCGCUGGAUUUCAGCUACCACCACCAGGAAGGGAUGGAAGCGUUUUUGAAGACUGUUGCCCAAAACUACAGUUCUAUCACUCACUUACACAGUAUUGGGAAGUCUGUGAAAGGUAGAAACCUGUGGGUUCUUGUUGUGGGGCGGUCUCCAAAGGAACACAGAAUUGGGAUUCCGGAGUUCAAAUAUGUGGCGAAUAUGCAUGGAGAUGAGACUGUUGGGCGGGAACUGCUGCUCCAUCUGAUCGACCAUCUCGGAACCAGUGAUGGCAAAGACCCUGAAAUCACAAAUCUGAUCAAUAGUACCCGGAUACACAUCAUGCCUUCCAUGAACCCAGAUGGAUUUGAAGCCGUCAGAAAGCCCGACUGUUAUUACAGCAUCGGAAGGGAAAAUUACAACCAGUAUGACUUGAAUCGAAAUUUCCCCGAUGCUUUUGAAUAUAAUAAUGUCUCAAGGCAGCCUGAAACUCUGGCAGUCAUGAAGUGGCUGAACACGGAGACGUUUGUCCUCUCUGCAAACCUCCACGGUGGUGCCCUUGUGGCCAGUUACCCAUUUGAUAAUGGUGUUCAAGCAACUGGGGCAUUAUACUCCCGAAGCUUAACUCCUGAUGAUGAUGUUUUUCAAUAUCUUGCACAUACCUAUGCUUCAAGAAAUCCCAACAUGAAGAAAGGAGACGAGUGUAAAAGCAAAGUGAACUUUCCGAAUGGUGUUACAAAUGGCUACUCUUGGUAUCCACUCCAAGGUGGAAUGCAAGAUUACAACUACAUCUGGGCCCAGUGUUUUGAAAUCACGUUGGAGCUGUCAUGCUGUAAAUAUCCUCGUGAGGAGAAGCUGCCGUCCUUUUGGAAUAAUAACAAAGCCUCAUUAAUUGAAUAUAUGAAACAGGUGCACCUAGGUGUAAAGGGUCAAGUUUUUGAUCAGAAUGGAAAUCCAUUAUCCAAUGUAAUUGUGGAAGUCCAAGACAGAAAACAUAUCUGCCCCUAUAGAACCAACAAAUAUGGAGAGUAUUAUCUCCUUCUCUUGCCUGGGUCCUAUAUAAUAAAUGUUACAGUCCCUGGACAUGAGCCAUACCUUACAAAGGUAAUUAUUCCAGAGAAAUCCCAGAACUUCAGUGCUCUUAAAAAGGAUAUUCUGCUUCCAUUUCGAGGGCAAUUGGAUUCUAUCCCAUCGUCAAAUCCUUCAUGCCCAAUGAUUCCUCUAUACAGAAAUUUGCCAAGCCACUCAGCUGCAACAAAGCCUAGUUUGUUCUUAUUUUUAGUGACUCUUUUGCACAUAUUCUUCAAACAAAGUAAAAUGUGAAACUCAAGCCACAUCACCACCUGGAAUCAGGGAUUACUCACUCCAGGUUACUGCAACCCUAAUGAGUCACUCUAGUGGGACCUUGACUCAAGAAACUCCACAAUCUUCCUGAAGAAAAGUGGGUGUUUCCAAAUUCUGCAAUAAGCAAUAUGUGGUGAUAAUGAGAAGAAUGCUUCAGUCUUGAUGAUGAAUUGGAAGACACUUACCUAGCAUGUACUUCUCAUUUACACUCAAAUUAAUCUUGAAGUCGUCUUAAAAUUUGUAAGAAGUUAAAGCUUGAGAAGCAAAAAAAAAUGCCUUCCAAAGGAAGAUAAUUUUGUAUCCAGAGAACCGGAUAAAUAUAAGCAAUAAAGAUGAACAUUUAUUGAUCUUCUACAUACAAGACCUCACCAUGAGGCCAGACAUGGUGGCUCAUGCCUUGUAAUCCCAGCACUUUGGGAGGCCAAGGCGAGUGGCUCACCCACCAGCCUCAGGAAUUCAAAACCAGCCUGGCCAACAUGGUGAAACCCCGUCUCUACUAAAAGUUAGUGGAGCGUGGUAGCAGGUGCCUGUAAUCCUAGCCACUCGGGAGGCUUAGGCAGGAGAAUUGCUUGGACCUGGGAGGCAGGGGUUGCAGUAAGCCAAAAUUGCACCACUGCACUCCAGCCUGGGCAACAGAUUGAGACUCUGUCUAAAAAAAAAAAAAAAAAAAAAAAGACCUCACCAUGAGUGCUGUAUGUGAAGAGAUAGUAAGUGCCAUAUAUUUUUAGUUCUCAGAAAAGGAAGAAAUUAUAGGACUGAGAAUUGUUUUGCAAAUGUUCUAGGAGAUGUGAGAGAAAAUAUGCAAGCAUAUUUGAGUGACCCAAGAAAAUACAAGCCUGAAGGGAAAAGAUUGUGUGGCUAUAGAGCAUCAAAGCACACAAGUCAAUUAAGUAAGCCCCUCUCCCUCCAGAGCCAUGUGUCCUUAGAUUUUGGCACCUGGCGCCACAGUCAUCUGUUAGGCUGAUGACUCCAAGGGUAUAACUCUAGCCUCUUGUCUGAGCUUCAGAGUCACAUCCCACUGCCCACUGGACACAUGCACCUGGAUGUGACUCUCAGGUACCUCAAACCUAUCAUGCAGAGAGACUCAUCCUAUUCCCCUUAGAGCUGCUCUUCCUGCUGCAUUGUGUCUCUCAGUUACUGGGACCACUAAGCUAGGAACCUUGGAGUCAUCCCUGAUACUUUCUCCUCCUCCUUAAUCCCAUGUAUUCAGCAAGUAACUAAAGAUUGGUGUUGGCUGGACGUGGUGGCUCAUGCCUGUAAUCCCAGCACUUUGGGAGGCCAAGGCAGGCAGAUCACUUGAGGUCAGGAGCUCAAGACCAGCCUAGCCAACAUGGUUAAACCCCAUCUCUACUAAAAAAAAAUACAAAAAUUAGCCAGGCAUGGUGGCACAUGCCUGUAAUCCCAGCUACUGGGGAGGCCAAGGCAGGAGAAUUGCUUGAACCCAGGAGGCACAGGUUGCAGUGAGCCAAGAUGGCGCCAUUGCACUCCAGCCCGGGAGGAGAAGCGAGACUCCGUCUCAAAACAAAACAAAAAAAAAGAUUCGUGUUAAUGUUAAAUAUUGAUGAAUUCUGCUCUUCUUGGUUGUCAGCACUGCAAAGUCGAGACCUCAUGCUUCACCUGCACUGCUGAAACAGCUCUUUUGGUCCCUUGCUCCCUUCAGUCCCUCCUCCACACAGCACUGGGGAAGGGGAGCCACUUGAAACCAAAGUCCACAGCUGCUCGAAGUUCAUAAACACAGAGCUGCUUGUGUCCCUGUAUCUGGAAUGCCAUUCUACCCACCACAUUUUUCCUUUCCCACUCCUCUUAAAACUCAGUUCAGGUAGCAGCUCCACUAGGAAGCCUUGGCUGACCAUAAUCCUAUUCAAUUCCAUUUCACCCUUUCCCAGGCAGUCUGGGGUUGGGGACCCCUCCUCUUUGCUCCCCAAAAUAAACUGUGUAUCUC